AUGGUCUCGGCUGCGGUGGUCCCCGCCGGCGCGGGCGCGCGACGGACGGACGGACGGAAGGGCGGAAAGACGGGCGGACGCGGCUGCGGACCCGGGGCUGGCAAGGGCUCCCCCUUUUCCCUACAAGCGCCGGCUUUCCCUCCUCGACGGGAAGGCGGCAGCGGCGGGCGGAUGGGACCCCCUACCUCUCCUCCCCUCUCCUCUCUCUCCCUCCCCCCCCAACCGCCAGCGACGGCGCCCGGCACCCCUCGCACCCACUGCGGAGGCCGCAGGUCGCCCGCGGCCGCACUGUCACCUCCGCCUGCCCCCCCGCCCCCGCGCCCGUCGGGAAUCCCGGCUCGCUCUCCGCAACGCAAGGCGGGGCGGACACCCUCGUGCUUUAAGGACGCGGAGCCGCUCGGGGAGGAGGGACGCGGGCUCAGGCCCCUCCCAGCCGCGGGCAGCCGCGGGUCCGGCCGCUGCGCGGGCUCGCGAGCUCCAGGGAGCGCGCGGGCUGAGGGGGCUGCAGAGGGAGGGGGCGGGACCAGGGGAAGCCACGCCCUCCGCGCCCGCAGGCGGCCAAUCAGCGGCGUCGGCACCGCCCCGUCAAGCUGCGGAGCCCGCCCCGAAGCUAGGCGCCUGGCCGAGUGGGGGCGGAGCCAGGGGGGGAAAAAAAAAAAAUCCAGAGCAGCGCAGGCCGCCAAUCACCGGGCUCCGUCGGCGCAGGCAGCCAAUCAGCGACGCCGGCCCUGCCCCAUCGCCCUGAAGCCCAGCGCAGGCAGCCAAACAGCGCAGCCGGACCCGCCCCCGAAGCUGCAUGCCGGGCGGGAUGGGGGCGGAGCUAUGGAAAAUGCGCACCAACAGGAAGCCAAUCAGCGAUGCCGGACCCGCCCCGUCGCCCUAAAGACCAGCGCAGGCAGCCAAUCAGCGACGCCGACCCCGCCCCGUGUACCUGCGGACCGCGCCCGGAGAGGGGCUCGCUAUGGGGGUUUAGGAACCUUGGACCUGCUGCUCCCGGGGUCCACGGUGACCCGUCACAGAGCUCCUUUCUGCAGCGCUGGAACAGGGGCUAGUCCUCCCACCCAUGAUCCCCCUCCCUUCUUCCAAGGAAAUGGGCAGACAGACACUCCCUGA